UGGUAGAGCAAGCAAGUAUGGAACGUUGGCAAAAUAAGGUAGCUGUGAUAACGGGUGCCGGUUCAGGCAUAGGUGCUGCCACUUCUAAAGUUCUCGUGGAAGAAGGCAUGAUUGUUGUAGGUUUUGACAUACGUUUGGAUAGUAUGGAAACUAAAGUUAAGCCAACAAUGGCUGCUGAUAAACAGCACAAUUUCCAUUAUUACAAAUGUAAUGUGGGAGACGAGGAGAGUGUUAAGGAGGCUUUUAAAUGGGUGGAAGAGCAAUUUGGUGGCGUAGAUGUUUUAAUUAAUAAUGCUGGUCUUUUAAGAACAAGCAGUAUAUUGGCUGGGAACAAUUCACAAGAUCUUAAAGAUAUCAUUAAUGUUAAUGUAAUGGGUGUUGCCUGAUGUACACGAGAAGCAUUUCAUUCAAUGAAAAAACGUCAAGUUGAUGGUCAUGUUAUUCUCAUUAACAGUCUGGCUGGACAUAAAGUUCCACUUUUGCCUGGUAUGAGUUUUAGCAUUUAUUCACCCUCAAAACAUGCUGUUACUGCCAUGACUGAAGUAUUUAGGCAAGAAUUUAAAGCUGAAAAGACUAAAAUUAAAGUAACUAGCAUUAGUCCAGGUGGUGUUAAUACCAACAUAAUGGGUAAGGAUUGCCCAAUGCCUGAUGAUAUACCCAUUUUACAACCUGAAGAUUUGGCUGAUGCUAUUUUGUUUAGCUUAAAAACACCUCCUCAUGUACAAAUUCAUGAAUUAACUAUUAGGUCGGUGGGUGAAUUAGUUUAAUCUUUAUUUAUUAUUAUUUAUGAUGCCACAAUUGUUUUUAAGGAAUUAGAAAAUUGUUUGUUAAAAAAAAUUUGUUUUGUGCAUCAGAUAUUUAUUUUAUUUGUUUUUAAUGGUAUAUUUUGUUAUCAAUUUUUAGUAGAUAGAGUUUUUAUGAAUGUCAAUGCUCUACCUCUAGCCAUUAAUAUUUAUAAAAUGAAUUACAUAUUAUGUGAAUUGUUUGACUUGUAUUGGGAUACCAAUAUUGUUAAAUCAAUGUUUAAAAUUAAUUCCAAAAUUUUUAAUAAAUUUUUUUAUUUAUAACUAACCAAAA